UAGAAGAAUUUCGGUUUGUUACUCGUUUGUAAGAGUCUGUAUAUUCCUGGUUUGAUCGAAAAUUAAGAACGAACUUGAGAAGCUGUACGGCGAAGACAAGAAUUGGAAGGAAGGGACGAAAGAUUAAACCUUCACUAAAAGCGGAAAUGGAUCAAAAUGUGAAAGAAUUAGGUAAAAAUAUUUCAGUAGAAUUAGAUGAUAAACUUACGGAAGAAAAGAAAAGCCAAGAAGAAAGCAAAUUAUCCCUUACAGAAGUGGUGCAUAACGAAGUUGUCUGCAACGAUAUGCCAAGUUCUGGCUUAGAAAAGAAAUCAGAUAAACAUGAGAAAACAGAAGAAAAACCAGAAAUGGAUAUACAAUUAGACAACUUAAAUGCCAAGGAAAAAAGCGAUCAAGUCAUAACGAGCAACGCGAAGAGCCUCGGACAUACAGAUAAGAAAGACAAAAAAGAGAUACCAGAAAUAGACUUACUAUCAGAGGUCUUAGAGCAGAUGUCUGGAGGUAAAAAGGGCAAGGAAGAUAAAGAUAAAAAUCGAAUUGUGAUGAUCAAGGAUACACCUGCUGAUGGUUUUGAUCAUCGUAUUAAGGAGUCUGGCGGUCACAGGAAAAGAAAAAAAGCAAAGAAGCAAGAGGAUAAGAAAGAUGAACAACAAGAAGAUAAGAAGAAUGAACAACAAGAAGGAGAAAUAGCCGUUAAAGGAAGUAUACAUGAAAUACAGACUGGCGGGGAAGUUGUCUGUAUCGAUGUGCCAACAUGUGGGCCAGAGAAAGGGCCAGUUAAGCAUAAGAAAGCAAAAAAACUAAAGAAACAAAAACCUGAAGUUGAUAUGGCAAUAGAAAACAUAAAACAAGUCUCUGUGGGUGAACAAGGCGAUGCAAGUGAAAAUAACGAUCAAGUUACAACGAAUGAGGAUACAUCCACGAAGUCCGUUGAUCUUACUAAGGAGGCCGGUCAUCACAAGAAAGGGAAAAAGGCAAAGAAGCAGAAAGACGAGAAAAAGGAAAAACAGGAAAGAGAAUUAUCAACUGACAAAAUUGAAGAUACGACAAAUACUGCAGAUGAGACGGUCAGCAACGAUAUACCAAGAACACGUAACUUAGAAGAGAAGUCAUUUACGCAUAAGAAAAAAGAAAAACAGAAAUCAGAAUUGGACGUACCUUUAGAACGCGUUGAGGGAAUGUAUGGCGGUGAAAAAGGCGAGGCAAAUGUUGUUGAUCAGGUUACAAUGAACAAGGAUGCGACCUUUGAUAUUAAUGUGGAGUCUGGUCAUCAAAAGAAAAGAAAAAAGGCAAAGAAGAAGAAAGACGAGAAAAAGGACAAACAGGAAGGAGAAUUAUCGACUGACAAAAUUGAAGAUACGACAAAUACUGCAGAUGAGACGGUCAGCAACGAUAUACCAACAACAUGUAACUUAGAAGAGGAGUCAUUUACGCAUAAGAAAGAAGAAAAACAGAAAUCAGAAUUAGACGUACCUUUAAACGCGUUGAGGGAAUGUCUGGCGGUGAAAAAGCGAGGCAAAUGUUGUUGA